UUUCAUUUAAAAAGGUUAAAUUACCCGAUUUUUUGAUGGCAUCGCAUAGUAACAAGUGUUUAAAAUUUAAUAUUUUAAAGGAAUGUUCCGUAUCAAAAGCAAGAACUAGCUUCAUGGUACUUCCUCAUUACACAGUUACAACUCCUGUUUUUAUGCCGGUUGGAACUCAGGGAACUCUGAAGGGAUUAUUACCUGAGCAACUAGAAGCUCUCGACUGUCACAUAAUCCUUGGAAAUACUUAUCAUUUAGGGACAAGACCGGGGCCGGAAUUGAUUAGAAAAGCAGGUGGUUUACAUAAGUUUAUGGGCUGGAAUCGAGCACUCUUAACUGAUUCGGGAGGUUUCCAAAUGGUUUCGUUGUUGAGUUUAGCAGAAAUAACUGAGGAAGGUGUAAAAUUUGAAUCUCCUUAUGGAGGUUCGCAUUGCAUGUUGUCUCCAGAAAACUCGAUUCACAUACAGAAUGCAAUUGGCGCCGACAUUAUAAUGCAGCUUGAUGAUGUCGUUAAAACCACAACAACUGGUCCCAGGGUUGAGGAAGCUAUGGAACGGACUAUUCGAUGGGUGGACAGGUGUAUAGAAGCCCAUCAGAAUCCAGAAACGCAGAACAUUUUCCCAAUAGUUCAAGGUGGAUUAGAUAAUGAACUGAGAAUAAAAUGUAUCAAGGCUUUAAUGGAGAGAGACGUUAAUGGUUAUGCAGUUGGCGGCCUCAGGUAAUUAUUAAUUUCAUCAAUCAACAAAAAGCUGUGUGGUUUGCUUGUCGAUUUCAGCCAAUGAGUUGUUUCAAGUAAUAAACUGCUGUAUUGUAAUACA